AUGGCGAUUCAUCAGCUCUCGACCUUCAUGGGCUCCGCCACCUCACGGAGCUGGGACUCGCUGAUUGUCCUCUUGGUACUUCUCAACUUCUUCGUGAUCCGGGCUGUGGCUGGCCGCCUUCUCAAAAGGGAGGCCGUUCAGUGCACGAAGGACCACGAAGCAGCGGCGGAGUGUCGAGACCAGGGCGAACAUGGCUCCUCUACGGAGGAGACGAGGCGUGUGAGCGCUGCAGAGGAGGCAUUUUGCAAGAAAGUGCUUUCAUCCAUACAGCUUGGUGACAUCGCUGGGUCGACUGCGGCCUUUCAAGAGGCCGUCCAGGAGCUCUCGCUUUUCAGCCGAGCACCAGCCCUCCUUAUGAAGACUUUGAAGGUGGCAAGUGCGCAAGGUACUGCCACCUUAGCUUGGGACUUGUAUUGUGCGACCAAGGAGCACAUGGAGUAUUCCAGGGGCUUGUAUCACACCUUACUCACCGUUCUGGCCAAAAGCGAUGAUCCAGACCUUCCGACAAGUGUGAUUCGCGACAUGACGUUGCAAGACGUAGAGCCAGACUCGUCCACCUAUGCAUGUUUGAUCCGUGGGCAGCUUUCCAGAGGAGACUUGGAGAGUAGUGUGCAGAUGUUGGGUCAGAUGCGGCGACGAGGUGUAGCACCAGACAUCGCAACAUUCCAUGCUGUGCUGGAGGCUUGCGCACACAGGCAGUUGCCUAUGCUUGCCGAGCAGAUCCUCAGCGACAUGGAAGAAACCGGGAUUGCCCCUUCCUCGACAACACUAGCGCUGCUUAUCCGCCUGCACAGCCGCUGUGGGGACCUGGGGGCUGCAAUGCGAGUUUUCAGGGAGCUUCCUCCAAAGUACGGCCUCAAGCUUGAUGCUCCGGUGUACGGAGGCCUUGCGGCAGCCUGCGUGGCAGAGGGCGAGCUGGCACAGGCCUUUCAGAUCUACGACCAAAUGUCCACGGCUGGAUGCCACGCAGACGCCUCAUUGUACAAGAUGUUGCUGAGUGGCAGCCUUCAACAAGGAGAUCUGGAUCUGGCAGCAAGGUGCUUAGACGAUGCUUUCCUCAGCAGCUGCCCGGUCGGCCUCCCCAGAGAAUCCAUCGAAAUUUUCCUUCUGCAGGCGCAUCGUCGGGGUCGAAGUGAGCUGGCCAUACCUGUGCUUCAGCGAGCACAGCAAGCGGGCAUUUACAUAUCCGAACGCAUCGCCAACAGCAUCCUGCGUGCAGCCACAGCUGCAAGCUGA